UAGACGUUAUCGUUCCUUGGAAAAAAAAGGGUAAAACCCCCAUCUUAAUUACAUAAUUAAAGACUGAUAACCGCUUAAUCCAUCUUCUUACCUUUGAUUAAUCUUGCUCCGUCCUUUUGCCAUUUUGCUUUUUUUUUUCUUCUUGUUCUGCCUUUCGAAUCCAAUUCCCAAACCCUUCCUCCGCCGGAAUCCAUGGCGGCCGUGCUCUAGAUCCGACCACUUACCCAGUUCCUAGCUCUUCCGCCGCCUUCGAUGAAGCGGAGCAAGAGCGGCGAUUCCGUCCUCUCUCGCCGCCGGAAGUCGUCAUUCUUCUUCCUCGGUGCCGCCUUGCUCUACCUCCUCCUCAUCGCCCUUAAGUUCCGCCUUUUCCUCGACGUCGGCCUCGAACGGCCGCUGGAUGAAGUCGGGAGUGGACUUCCCGGAUCGUCCGACAUCGUCGGCGCUGAACAACGGAAGUUGGAGGACGGACGGAACUUUGAUGCCGUACGGAAGCCACGAGGAUACGGCGCCGUCGCCCGCAGCGAGACGUUUCGCGAAGGCUACGGCCGCAUCACCGGUGAAGUGAUGCGGCAGUACGUGCGGGGCCAGGGCCGGCAGCGGAGAGGCAAUUUCUCGGAGUUGGAGAGAAUGGCGCAGGAGGCGUGGGCGGUUGGCCUCAAGGCUUGGGAGGAGGUGGAGAAAUAUGAUGCCCGGGCUGAUUUGAACAGUUCGACCAUAAUUGGAGGGAACACGCAGUCUUCUUGCCCGUCGUCGAUGUCGAUGUCGAUGAGCAGCAAUGAGGACGCGGCGAAUAGUGAGCAGGUGAUGUUUCUACCCUGCGGAUUGGUGGUAGGGUCGUCGAUCACGUUUGUGGGCACGCCGCACAUUGCUCAUCAGGAGUAUGUGCCUCAGCUUGAUCGCCUAGGACAAGAGGAUGCAACUGUCCUGGUUUCCCAGUUCAUGGUAGAGUUGCAGGGGCUCAAAUCAGUGCAAAAUGAAGACCCGCCCAAGAUUCUUCAUUUCAAUCCAAGGCUUAAGGGUGACUGGAGUGAAAAGCCGAUCAUUGAGCACAAUACAUGCUACCGUAUGCAGUGGGGAAAAGCACUGCGCUGCAAUGGGGAGGCUUAUAAGGGUGAUGAUGCAACUGUUGAUGAAUUUGUCAAAUGUGAAAGUUGGGAGCAUGAGGAUACUACUAACCUGAAAGAGCCAAAAACAAUUUCAUGGUUGAAGAGAUUCAUUGGUCGUGCGAAGAAGCCAGAAAUGAAAUGGCCUUUUCCAUUCACAGAGGGUAAGCUUUUCGUUUUAGCAAUUCAGGCUGGAGUUGAAGGAUACCAUAUUUAUGUUGGUGGCCGCCAUAUUUCUUCUUUCCCAUAUAGGACGGGAUUUCCCCUCGAAGAUGCAACUGGUUUAGCAACGAAGGGAGAUGUUGACAUACACUCAGUUUAUGCUACUUCUCUUCCUACUACUCAUCCUAGCUUCUCUGUUCAGCAAAUAUUAGACAUGUCAGAGAGAUGGAAGGCCCCUCUGCUGCUACAAAGCUCAGUAGAGCUUUUCAUCGGUAUACUAUCAGCAUCAAAUCAUUUUGCUGAACGUAUGGCUAUAAGGAAAACAUGGAUGCAAUAUCCUGAAAUCCGAUCAUCAACUGUUGUAGCCCGCUUCUUUGUUGCACUGAGUCCAAGGAAGGAGUUAAAUGCAGCACUGAAGAAAGAGGCUGAGUAUUUUGGAGAUAUUGUGAUUUUGCCAUUUAUGGACCACUAUGAUUUAGUGGUACUUAAAACAAUAGCAAUUUGUGAAUUUGGAGUUCAGAAUUUGACUGCGCAAUAUAUCAUGAAAGGCGACGACGAUACAUUCAUUAGGGUGGAUGUUAUCAUGAGAAGAAUUCAAGGGGUUGCUUCUCAUGCUUCUCUUUACUUGGGCAACCUAAACAUCUUGCAUCGACCACUCCGAAGUGGAAAGUGGGCAGUCACAUUCGAGGAAUGGCCAGAGGAGGUAUAUCCUCCAUAUGCCAAUGGACCCGGGUACAUCAUCUCAAGCGACAUUGCCAAAUUUGUUGUAUCCCAACAUGCUAACCAAAGCUUAAGACUAUUCAAGAUGGAAGACGUGAGCAUGGGCAUGUGGGUCGAAGAAUUCAACACCACAACAUCCGUUCAGUACUCACACAGCUGGAAUUUCUGCCAAUAUGGAUGCGUCGAGAACUAUUACACAGCCCACUACCAGUCGCCGCGGCAGAUGCUGUGCUUGUGGGAGAAACUCUCUCAUGGCUUUGCUCAAUGUUGCAACUUCAGAUGACGAGUCACCGGGCGAUCGAUAGAUAGCUGACCUAGGGCAUUUUGAUCUGUGAGUUGUGAAAUUUGGUUGCUUCCUUCGAUAGCUUAUUUCCUUCUGGGGAGUUAACUUGUUGCACAGCCCAGCUCACGGAAUUAGUGCUAGUGUAAAUCCAUUUUUUUAUUGAUUAAAAGACCCUUCAUAUUCAGUUUUUUGCAGUUAAAAA